AUGUUAACUCCAAGAAUCAUAAGGAAUCCUAUAAAUGUUAACGAAAGAAGUCAAUUUACCUUAUCAGUCUUCGGGCUUCCUGGUCGUCCUUCUGGAAAGAAGGGUGUGCAUUGGCUGACUCAAAAAGAAAUGCAAUCAGCACAUGUUCAUGUCUUAAUUAACUGUGUUGAAGUUAAACCAUAUCUUGAGGAAUUUAACAUCUCCUACUUUCAUAGCACCGGCGUACAAGCAACAUCCGGCCACAUACAUGCUCAUUUUCCAGCAUUGUUCAAGGAGAAAUUGUCAUGUAUUAUUGCACCGACUCAAGAAAUACUCCAUUUGAGAAACUUGUUUAAAGGCCCUAUUCAAAGCGCAAAUGAAUGGCAUACAUACUUCGUGAACGGAUAUAAAUUUCACACUGAGACAUGGACUAAAGGGAAAAAAACCAUAAAUAGUGGUGUAUUUGUAAAAUGA